UCAUGGAUCAGAAGCAUCAGAAGACAUGGACAUGAGAGUCUUGCAGUCUCACACGAGUGGUCGAGGCGAAGUGUUGUGGGAAUCAGUUUCAUUGACAUAAACAAUCAAACAAAAGUGCAGUUGUGACAUAAAUUUUGCCUCCAAAGAGAACAUCUCUCGAGAAAUGAAGCGAAUAUGUUGCCACUUGACAUUAGACUGAAUAAUUGACAUUAAGGUGAUACCCCUCACGUAUUUAUCACAAUCAAAUGCGGCUGAUAUAGGUUACGAUGUCUCGCAAUUUUCAAAACUUCAUUAAAAUGUUCAUAGCAUUUUUAAGCACUUAUGCUCGUGGGUUGUCGUAUUUAGUCACGAUAAUACUAGUCCUGUGUUAUUGCCUCCAUCCCGGGAGAUUUGCAUCGCAUUACAAUUUUAUAAAGACAGAAAAUAUUCACGAUGAACUGGAGAAGUCAUACGAUCCUCGGGAUAAUUCAUGUGUGAUAUCGAUAACUGGGAGGAAAUUUUCGGAAUUGUCAUAUCCAGAGGAACACCCGAGGGAAGAUCCAGUAGCGAUGGCCAGAAGACUUGGAAUUUUACCUGGAGGACAGUGGAGACCACUUAAUUGCCAUCCUUUAUUCAACGUUGCUAUUAUUUUGCCGUUUAGAAAUAGACAUGCACAGCUCAGUAUUUUUAUGAAUUAUAUACAUCCCUUUCUGCAAUCACAAAAUCUGGAUUAUCGAAUAUUUGUUAUCGAGCAGAGUCCUAUACGCGAAUUCAAUCGCGCUAAAUUAUUCAACGUCGGGUACAAAGAGGCAACGAAAGUCAAUGAUUUCCACUGCUUCAUCUUUCAAGACAUUGACUUGAUACCACAAAAUCCAGAUAAUAUUUAUGCUUGUACCAAGAUGCCCAGACACAUGAGCUCGAGUGUUAACACCUUCAGAUACAAUUUACCAUAUACUGGAUUAUUUGGUGGAGCUAUUGCCCUUACUAGGAGGCAAUUCGAAUGGGUUAAUGGAUUUUCCAAUGUUUUUUAUGGCUGGGGAGGCGAGGAUGAUGAUUUCUACAGUAGACUGCAAUCUCGGGGUCUCCAGGUUAUUCGUUUUGGUCCUGAUAUCGCUCAAUACUAUAUGCUGACCCAUAAAAAGGAGCCACCAAGCAGCGCAAGAUUUGAGCGUUUAGAAAAUAGUGCAAGGAGAUAUGAUUCUGAUGGACUCAAUAAUCUAGAUUAUAAAGUAUUAGAUCAUCAACUUCGUCCACUCUACUCCUGGAUAUUGGUCGAUGUUUGAAUAAUUUAGCAGUCGAUGAAAAGAUCGAGAAUCAUUUCAUUUAAAUUGUAGAGGAAAAUUUGUAUAUCGAACUGCAUAUCAAAUGCCUUUUGUUGAAUGUGGCGAUAUAUUAUCUGCUGUGUUGUAGAAGGUUUAACAUGUUCAACGAUGGAAUAUGUAGAUUCAUUAUCUAGACAAUACCUGGCGUUUAGUGCAGUGUCACGGUAGCUCAAUUAUUUGUGGUUUCAAGUCCUCAAGGAUAUCCAAGUGUUUAGAACUUUUUGUUUCGAAUUUUAUUUGUUAGCAGAGCUUCCAUUCGAUCGGCUGUAUGCUACCCGAUUUUUUACAACGAUUUAAUUGUUUAGACCUGAGGAUUUCAAUCUUAAUUGUAAUUUUAAUUGCUACACUUAAAAUUUUCUAGUCGAUAAUCUCGUUUAUAGUUUGAAAGAUGAAGUCUCUAGUCUAAGAAUAUUUAUUUCAAUUGUAGCGAGUGUGAAUUCAUACCAAAAAUUAGAAUAUUUUAUUCCAUAGGUGCCCGUAAGCGAGAUUACGGGCCCAAUGACAUAAAAUAGUGUAUGAAACACGUGCGUUAUGGAUUCUUUCACUCGUGGGAUAGUAAAACUCGCCCUCGGCUCAUGUUACAACCCUCCCACGAGCCAAGAAAUCCAUUACGCACUUGUUGCGUAAGAUACUAUUAAUCAAUUUUCGUUAUUUGUCAGUUGGAUAUCCUUGUAUGAAUCUGUGCAAAAUUAAUUUCUCUAACAAAAAAUACAUAUCUUUGGCAUAAAAGAGGUGUAGAGAAAUUCAACGAGAGAUGCCUCAAUCAAAUAUUAAUUAAAAAAUCCUCACAGUUUAGGCAAAAAAAAUUUAGUUAUAGUUUCACUAAAGAGAUUGUCCCAUGAUAAACAUUUUUUUUCCGUAAUUUUUCUCUGAAGUUAAUCGUCUUAAAGAUAGUUGCAUCAAUCUCUAGAAGUUUUCCAAUUUUUCACUUUUGGAUUUGAAGCUUUUUCAGAUGAAAGGGGAUCUGUAUUAA